UUGGAAAUUAUAUUUCCAGAACUGUUUUCCUCUAGUUUUAGCAGGAAAAGUUUUUUUCUUAUCCUUUUUACCUACAUGUAGUUUUUGCUAACACAUGAAAAAAAAAUAUAAAAUAAAAAAAACGCAUUUAUAUAAUGAUUCCCAUCACAAAAGCCAAAUCAAUGCCUCAGUAGUUUGUAUCUUUAUGAUGUUUGAUAUAUAUGUUUUUGACUGUCCUUCUGUAAGGAAGAUAUUCAAGUCCUAGCAUAAAAAGCAAGAUAAGAAAUGAUAAUUGUAUUAGUCAAAACUAAUGACAUUUAGUUUGAAUUCUGAAAGACAAGGUCUGCAAGACAUCUGCACGCCCUGAGGACGACAAAAUGAGGACAUUAACAAACAACGUAGGACAAAAGAGGACAAGGCUCUGCUUUGAAGACAAAGGAAUGAUGUACUAGAUUCUCUUCUGAUGUUCAUCCUUUGGACCCUUUACUUUCUCCGUCAGCCAUUUUAAGCAGAGAUGACAACUUCUAUUUCUGAGCAAGGACUCCACUAGCCAGCAAGUCUUACCAGUCUUGAGGCAAGCGCAUAAUAAUUUGGAUAUUACAUUAUUACAAUUACUGGAGCAAAAAAAAAACACGUCAAAAAUAAAGAUUAAUUAGUUUAAUAUUAACCUUUUCAUAGAGCAAGUAUGAAUCUCUCCGGAAUAUUUUGCUUUGGAGUUGUCAAUUUAGCAAUAACUAUUACAUCCGUCAAUACUGUUGAAACAUCAAGUUUUAGUGAUUACAAGUCUCUUCAUGUUCCACUGAGGAUGUCAGCUGUAGGUGCCACAGUGUCAGAAUCAUCAGUCAUCUCGUGUGGACUUAGAUGUUUGAAUAGUGUCCAAGAAUGUAACAGCUUCGUAUACAACACUUCAUUAAGUUUAUGUACCCCAGGAUCUCUUUUAAGUCCAUUUGAAGCCUUCAACUCAACCAUUGGAAAACAAUAUUUCAAACAAGGAACUUACUGUAACAGAAGUCUUGCCAACUUUACUCUCAGAUCCAUUGUCAGUGUUAGCACUUGCAUGUUUAUAUCCAAUGCCUCGACAAAUUAUAUCACAGCUAAAAAUACUUGUAAAGAUUUAGGUGCAACACUGUACAUACUUAAAGUGCGGGAAAAGCUUGACCUUUUGCUGAACAUAGUUAAGGAUGAUCCUAUUCCAUACUGGGUAGGUCUCGAUGACAUUCAACAAGAAUCUAUAUUUAGAUGGGCAGACGACAAUUCUAUUUUAAACGUUAACUAUACAAUUUUUGGCGCAGGUCAACCGAACAAUGCAGGAAAUCAAGAUUGUGUCAACUAUGCACCAGAUAUAAAACUUUUAAAUGAUUGGUCAUGUGAUGCAUCGAUGAGAUAUAUCUGUGAAUUGGCCCCUCUUGUUAUUUAAAUAUUUACUUAAGAUGGAACACAUCAGUGUAGAUCGAUCUGGUUCCAAGAGCGUAAGCCAGAACUAAUAAACAUCCAUUUUCCUCUCUUACUAUUCUUGUAAACGUUCUAUAUACUAGCAUUCAGGUUCUGGUGUUUUAUUUGUUAUAGUAUGUUUCCCAUAAAUGUAAAAAAAAAUAUUAUUCUUUUAUCCAUAACUUUUUUUUCAUUGCUUUAUCAUGUUGAAAAAAUUUGGUAUGCUUUUAGUUCUGAGAGAUAUAUUGAUUUUUCUCCAAAAAAAAAUGCAAACUCAGGAAUUCUUAAAAUUUACAGGUGUUAUUUUAAAAUUAAUGAUACUAACAUUCUAACAUUCUAAAUACUAAACUAAACCUAAUUAAACUUUAAAUAACUACUUAAUAAGAAAUGUAAGACUUAAUGUUGAGGAAUGUAAAACUAACAUUUUGUUGAAAAAAAAAUAAAAUCCUUUAUAAUUUAAAUAAAUAUAAGCCUACACCUUUACACCCCCAUUCACUAUGAAUGAAGAGAUUAAUAAUUUUUUUAAUCUGAGAUUAGCGCCUCCAAGCGAGACCAGGGCCGGCUUUAGGUAUUUGGAUGCCCAAGCUGAAUAGGGCGACCCGAAAUAACACACUAAAAAUUAAAACUUCAGACAGAAAAAUACUCAAUGAGUUAAACACAUUCCUGUAUCCAUAUCUUAAUUACCAAAUAAAUUAAAUUCAUAAAGCUUCUAUGUGCUUUGUUGGCGAUUCAUUAUCACCAGGCUAGAAAUAUUUUUUUGACAUUUCAUUAAACGGAAAAAAAAAACAAUCGACUUUUAGCAUAUGAUCUAAACAUUCGUGACUGAGCCUUAAACCCUAGUACAGACUUAAAGCUAUGCUAGUAGACAUUAAGUCUUACAAUUCUUUCUACGUUUGAGAUUAUUGCUAUUGCUCUAAACUGCCCACAGGUCUCUGGUCAAUAUUGAGGCCUUUUAUAACGAUUGGUCUCGCUCUAAUCCAUUUGUCAAUUGGGAUUUCAUCGUCAGAACCACAACAUCUGCUUACGUUUGUUACUAUUAAUAGUGAAUAGUUGUUAACUAUUAUGAAAAACCUGCUUGCACAGUUAAUGUAAAAAAUUAGAUUUUUCGUUUUCAGAAAAAAAAAAGUAGUUGCAUCAGAAUUUUGAAUAGUCUAAAAUAUUAUGGUGGCAGAUUUUCACUAUCUUUACUAGUUUACGAGAUCUAAACAGGACGGAUGGACAGAAGGACAGACAUUCCACACAAAACUAAUAGCGUCUUUUCAAUAUCGGAAAAAUAUCCAAGGGCAUUAAAAAUGUUAAUUGGAAUAGCAAAUUUUUUUCCACAUUACUCUCCCCUUUGUUGAGCGACAGGAUUUUGAUUUUAGAUUAUAAUAUAUGCCAGGGACAAAGUAAGAAAUAUUAUGACUAGAACUGGUUGAGGCAAAGUUUUAAGCAAUGAUAUAAAAAUUCUAUACUAAAAUAAAAGUAUAAGAGUAAUAUUUGUUUCGCCAGAAAAAUUUACAUUAUGUCGUGUUUUUAAAAGUGUGGCGUUCGUUUUAAUUUCAACUGUAUAAGAGUGUUUUAUAAGAAUAUAAUGAUUUGUGAUAAAAGUUAUUAUACAUCUCGACAACUGAUGUCAGAAACACAAGCAGAGGUAUCCUUAAAAAAAAAGUUAAUAUUACUACCAAGAAGGAUUCACUUUGUUUAUUUUACAUGUUUCGGAUGUUCCUUCAGAGUUGAAGAUAAUUACUUCCUAGUCCAAACCUCCCACAGGACGGGGGAUAGGAGCGGGCAGGGUUUGAACUCGGGACUAUUGAUAAGUCCAAACGACAGUCCAGCGCGCAAACCGCACGAUCAGGCAGCCAUCCACUUGACUUGAUCCGAAUCUGUGAGGUGCUGAAAUGUUUCGUUGUGAUGAGGGGUAAUGAACACGAGUUCAACUCAUUUUUUUUUUGUUCUUUUACGUAUGAAAUCUUUGAUAUUUUUCAAAACGAUGAUUUGGUAUAUAGCUGUUAAAGAAAAGACAAAAAGCUGAAAAAGAUUGUUUUAAAAGUAGUACCUAUGGUCUUAAAAGGAUGUACUAAGAUGUUUUCUUAGUCCUCUAGUGAGAGACCCAUUGCUAAAUACUAUCCAAUGAACAUGUCUGGUAUUGAGUCCCCCGUGUACAUUUUGUCUCAAUGAUGAGCUAAUGUAAAUAUUCGAGUUGUCUUAGAAAUAUAUGGUAUACAUGCAUUUCAUUGUUUUGAUUGACAACCUUUACUGACAUGUUAUAUUAAUCACAUUACUUUCAUAGUUUUUAAAUGUAUUUUGUCGUAAUACAAAUGACUUUGAACCUCUGUUUCUGUUAAUUGUAGACAGUUUGACAUGUUAUGUAUGCUAACUUUACUGCAUAUUUUCACUUGUAAUUGUAGACAAAUAGGUAUAAAAAUGCACACAAAUUAGUUGUACUAUUGUGUAAUAUCUCACGUACCCCUACUACCACUCAGACGUCUCAUCUGACACAUACACAGCUCUUUCCCUCUUAUGGUGUCUUUCAGUUCUGAUUUCUCCCACACUGAUCAAGUGAACAUAAAUUGUGUUCAAUCAUGGAAGCUUUAAGAAUCUCUCCCCACCAACGACGAUGAUUUGUUUCUUUACUUCAACCCCUUGUACGUCAUUGGAAACCCAAUGGUUUGUACUCAACAAAUAAUGUUAACUUUCACCAGCUCUCUGCUUUAAAUACACUUACAGAUCUGUCGGCUAUUUCUACAUUUUUUCUUCUCAACCGGGGUAUGUGUAUGUUUUAGGCUAAUCCAAAGAAACGUUUAUCAACUUUGUGUCAUUUUAAUGUAAAGUAGC